AUGCAGUUAUUGACCGCGGUAAAUCCACAGUCACUGAAUACUCCCAGCUGGAAGAUUGAGAGCAAGUAUUCGACCCGUGUGCUCAUUGGAAACUGGGCGGAAGAGAGGAGGAAGUUCUCCAAAGCCACUGAGAAGACUCCCCAGUCCACGUACAGGACAGGGUACGUUCCCUUCCCUGGCCACAGACCGGACCAGAUCUCCAGGUGGUAUGGGAGGAGUAGAAUUGAGGGGCUCCCGUACAAACACAUCAUGACCCACCACCAGGAGCCCUCCCACCGCCACCUGAUCAGCACGUAUGACGACCACUACAACCGGCACAAUUACAACCCGGGCCUGCCCCCACACCGCACCUGGGACAAACAUACGUUGCAGUGGCUUCCAGAGAAAUCCGACUUCCCCCUUCUGGCUCCCCCUACCAACUACGGGCUCUAUGAGCAGCUGAAGCAGAGGUGGCUCCCUCCCGAGGCUGGUCUGCGAGAGAGCACCUACACUUCGUCUUACCCCCGACCACCGCUGUGCGCCCUGUCCCGGCGGGAGCAUGCCAUCCCGGUCCCUCCGCCUCGCCUGCACCCUGUCCCACGCUUCUGA